AUGGCUCCUAUACGGGUAUCAGAGUGGCGGAAGCUCCCCUUAAAUCUAACUGAUCUUUGCAUCGAAACAACUCUCCGUUGUGGGCAAUCUUUUCGAUGGCGUAAAAUAGAUGAUGAAUGGAAUUGUGUUCUUUAUGGACGACUACUCUCAUUAAAGCAGGAUAAGCAUCAUCUUCACUACAAAGUAGUUUCAUCAACAACUAUUCCAUCAGCGUUGACGCCUCCAUUACCCAUCAAAGAUGAAAACGAUACCAUCAAUUAUGAUGAUACUGAAGCUCUUCUUAAACACUAUUUCAGUUUAAAGCAUGACUCAACGGCACUGUAUGACCAGUGGUCGAAGUCCGAUCCUAACUUCCGGAAGAAAGCGUCAAAGUUCAUGGGAAUUAGGAUUCUAAGUCAAGAUCCAUGGGAAGCACUGAUCGCAUUCAUUUGCAGUAGUAACAACAAUAUUUCACGUAUUUCUCAGAUGGUUCAUAAACUUUGUAUACACUACGGCCCGCUAGUUGGGCACAUUGGAGAUGAGGCCUUUCACGAUUUUCCAACACCCCAGGCACUUAGCGGAAAGAAAGUAGAUGCUCAUCUCAGGGAACUAGGGUUUGGCUACAGGGCCAAAUUUAUUGCCGAAACAGCCCGUUUAAUCUGUGAGGAGAAACCAGAAGGUUGGCUUGAAAGUCUCAUAAACCCCGAAAAUCCUGGCUGGUCUAAAUUGACUCUACCUAAAGCCGUAGAGGUAGCCACAUACAAGCAUGCCCAUGAGCAGCUUCUUCUUCUCCCAGGGGUUGGCCCAAAAGUCUCAGACUGCGUCUGUCUGAUGGGCUUGGGCUGGGGAGAAGCAGUUCCCGUGGAUACACACGUAUGGCAGAUUGCACAGAGAGAUUACAAAUUUGGCAAGACCAAAACGAAGACCUUCUCCAAGGCAAUGUAUGACUCCGUCGGUGAUCAUUUUCGAAGUAUAUGGGGUCCUCAGGCGGGAUGGGCCCAGUCGGUACUUUUCACCGCGAACCUAAAGUCAUUCUCAGAGCAGGCAACCGGCAAGGUUGAAGUUGUUGAUGUCAAGGUGAAAGUUGAGGAAAUUGGAGAUAUUACGGCCGAUGAGCCCCCAGCCCGUACCCGGAAAAGACGCCAAGUAGUAGCCGAAGUAGUGAAGGUUGAAAGCAAUACCUCCACAGAAUCAGUACGAACUAGCAAGAGGGUGAGAACUAGAAGUUAA